AUGGAUUCGAACGGGCUGGAACGCGCAUCGCAAUAUCUGAACAAUCUCCUCCUUGCUCGCGGCCUGCUCACCAGCGGUAAACCAAUCGACUUCGCAAAGCCCGACCGCCAUGGACGAAGCUGUGAUGCAACCAUGUCUAGAGUUAUCAACCUCGUCCACGACCUAGUCCUACGACGAGACCAAGAUGCGGAGCAGAGAGAGAACUUAGCUUUGAACAUGCGCGAAGCCCGGGCCGAUGAAUCUCAAAGACUCCUCGAUCUUCAGCGCCUACAAGACAAGAACGCCGAGCUCGUGCGCCAGGCUGCGACUGCAGAAGCGCAGGAAAGAACACUCAGGUCCGCUGCUCGCAGAGCAGAAGCUCAAGCCAAAGAACUGAAGGAACAAAUGCUCAAGAUGAAAUCCACCCUGGACCAGGUGCGCGCAAAAUGUUUGAGCGAUGUCCGUAAAAGAGACGUGGAGCUCGAUAAGUUGAAGGGGCAUCUUGCAUCCAUACAACGAGGAAAGAAAGAUUCGUCCGGCAUGAAAAUCAAUGUCAUAAACUUUGAAUCAGAACCUCAGGGGAGGGAGAAGCGCCAUGGAGAAGAGCUCAAUAGGGUAGACCACAAGUUGGAGAUGGAAACCAACGAUUUCCUGGCAUGCAUUUUCACCGAGACGAGUUCAGAAAAUGUAUCAUUGAGGCGCAUAAUAACAGAGACAAUGGAAGUCCUACGGGAUCUAACCGACAUGGAGAAUACCUGUGCGAAUGGGUUCUCUGAUGAAGACUUUGACGAUGGGAUUGGCAUACCAGGUCAGGAUCGCAAGUCGAGGCACAGGAUUGCGGCCCAUCCUCAUGACUUGACAUCUUGCGACACCUUGGCUGAACAGAUGGCUACGAUCCUCGAACACUGCCGGACGAUAUUGAAAGAUCCAUCGUUCGUCCCAAUUGAGGAGGUGCAGCUGCGAGACGAGGAAAUCAUCAAGCUAAGGAUUGGAUGGGAGAAGAUGGCCAACAGAUGGAGAGAGACAGUCACGAUGAUGGACAAUUGGCGACGAAAAAUUGGAGGGAACGGUGAAAGCAUGACGGGUCAAGAUUUUACGACUUUGCAAUUUGGUAAAAGCGUGGCAGUAUUUCCUGAUGGUCAGCCGAUAUUUGGAGCCGAGGAAGAGUUGUCUUCGAUCCUCUACGAAAACGCCACUUUGGAGGAUACCUCGAGAAAAGGGAACGACAAUUUUGGUCGAGAGCACCCUGUGACAGUGAAAGUGGAGGAGGCUGACCGUUCAGAAGAAGACGUCGAAAUACCCGCCGACUCUGCCCCUAAACGACGAGCAUCGAGUGCUCGGAAGGCUGCUCUGAACGUAGGGAAACCCGCCCGUCCGCUGCGGGCAAUCAACCAUAAUAUACACAACUCGCCCUCUACAUCACUGAAGUCCAACAACUUCUCGAAACAGCGCAGUGGACUAGGUGCCGAGAGCUCCCCUAGCCGAGUCCGUAAUGAGAAUGACAUAUCGAAGGAAAAUGAGGAUAUUCAGCAUGAGAGUCGAGAGAUGACUGUGCCUGAGAAGCUGGCAGUGGUCGAGGCGGAGGCAGCGGAGGUUCACAAGCAUACCAUGGCCACAACAAACAAGAGGAAACACGCUGAACAUAGAUUUACGAAGAGGGCCACGAGAAGAAGGAGCACACUGAGUCCCGACGAGCUUGCUGAGUUGAUGGGCAUCCAUUAG